UACGUCUCUUUCAUAGGGCGAGUUGGUGACUAACCGGCAUUUCUAUUCGCGCCGCGGUGAAACGCGGAGUAGUCUAUUUGCGUUAAUUUAUUUAUUUAUUUGUGUUUAAGAAACCGUUAAAAUGUUGUGUCUGUGCCUAUACGUGCCUGUUCCGAACUCUGAUCAAACCGAGUUCGAAUAUUUCGAGUCAAACGGACUACCAUCUGAGUUAAAAUCUCUCUUCAAAUUGAGCUUAUUUCUUCCCUCUCAAGAAUUUUCAACAUAUCGAAAGUGGCGGAAGAAAGACGAGGACCUUCAUGGGCAGCUGGACUUUGAAGAGCUCGUCCACUACCUGCGUACGCACGAAAAGAAACUGCGACUCGUCUUCAAGAGCCAGGAUGAGAAAGACAGCGGGCGAGUGGAUACCCAGGAGAUCAUGCAGUCAUUGCGGGACCUUGGGGUGCACAUUUCAGAGAAGCAGGCGCAGAGGAUUUUGAAAAGCAUGGAGAAGAACGGAACGAUGACGAUCGACUGGAACGAAUGGAGAGAUUACCAGAUGUUGCACCCUGCAGACAACAUUCCAGAGAUCAUCUUGUACUGGAAGCACUCCACAAUAUUUGACGUUGGUGAGAAUUUGAUGGUUCCCGAUGAGUUCACUGCACAAGAAAAGAUGAUGGGCAUGUGGUGGCGACACCUGGUGGCGGGAGGGGGAGCUGGAGCGGUGUCUCGGACCUGCACGGCGCCACUUGACCGACUCAAAGUGCUGAUGCAGGUUCAUGGGUCUCGUGGUGGCAAAAUGAGCAUCAUGGGAGGAUUGGCCCAGAUGAUUCAAGAGGGUGGGAUGAAGGCUCUGUGGCGAGGAAAUGGCAUCAACAUCCUUAAAAUUGCACCAGAGUCUGCCAUCAAGUUCAUGGCCUAUGAACAGAUCAAACGGUUGAUUGGCAGCAAACCUGAGACACUGGGGAUAGCGGAUAGGUUUCUGGCUGGCUCUCUGGCAGGAGUCAUUGCACAAAGCAGCAUCUACCCAAUGGAGGUCCUGAAGACCCGUCUGGCCUUGAGAAAGACCGGCCAGUACUCUGGCAUUGCCGACUGUGCCAAGCGGAUCUUUCAGAAGGAGGGGCUGGGUGCUUUCUACAAGGGCUACGUUCCCAACAUGCUGGGCAUCAUCCCCUACGCUGGCAUCGACCUGGCUGUGUACGAGACACUGAAGAACUCGUGGCUGCAGAACUACGCCGCUGACAGUGCAGAUCCUGGCGUGCUCAUCCUGCUGGCCUGUGGCACCAUCUCCAGCACCUGCGGUCAGCUCGCCUCCUACCCUCUGGCUCUGGUGCGGACCCGAAUGCAGGCUCAAGCUACUGUAGGCGGAGGGCCCCAGAUGACCAUGUCUGGACUUUUCAAGCACAUCAUCAGGACGGAAGGGGCCUUGGGGCUCUACAGGGGCCUGGCCCCAAAUUUCAUGAAGGUCAUUCCUGCUGUCAGCAUCAGCUAUGUGGUGUAUGAGAACGUGAAGAAGACGCUUGGUGUUCGGUCCUGAUGACAGUUUGCACAGCAGCUGGAAGCUUUAACUGGACUGGGGGCCGGGGGGGACUAUGGUCGGGCCCAAGGGGGCCCAUGGCAAGGGGUGAGGAAUCUCUGGUGCUGUUGGACCUGAGGUUUGCACAACUGUCUCAUUCUAUGAAUGUCCACAGGUGAAGUGUAACACUAAUGCAUUUAAAUGCUGCUAAUUGUCUGUUGACCCUGUGAACUGUGACAAAGGGUAUAAGCUUAUUUUAUAGUAAUGAUAGUAAUUAUUGUCAUUAUUUAUUUGAUUUGUUUUAAUAAUCUUGAGGAAACUGUGAGAUGAGCUGUGGUUGUCUUGCAGUAACUGCUAGCUUUACAGGGUUCCUGCUGACCUCUGACUAGAUGGGCAGCCAGUCCUGCCCUAAUUUGGGACCAAUAACCUGUAUUUUGUCACUUGUGCUUGUGUGACCUGUAUAUUCUUGCCCUUGUUAGCUGUCAUCAGCUCAACAAGUAAAGGGACUUCCCUCAAUGUUUCAUGGCAGUAUAGUGGUAUCUGCCAAUUUGUCUGCCUCUGAAGAAAACCCCAAGCCAACCGCAAAGCAAAGUGUUCUGUUUGUAGUGUCUGUAAAUCCAGUAAGCAGUUCCUUUUUCUUUGUUCCCUUUUUAGCACUUGCAUUCUGAUUUCAGUGGCUAUAUGAGAUUUUUUAAAUUUUAUUUAGGCUUUCCCAAUGCAAUAAUUGGAACGGGGGUUUUCUUUUGUUUUUUUUUUAACAGUCAGAAAACCGAACAAUGUAGGGCAAGCAGAAGGAAUGAAUGAAGUUGGAUAGUGCUGCUAAUUUUGGUUAAAUACAUGAUGCACAUGGGAGUGUCUUAUCUUCCAAGUGGUUUUGUAGAACAAAUGGAGAAAGGCGUUGACGUCUUCUCUCAGGAGAUGCAUGUAAAAUGAGUGUGUUAAAGUUCUAUUUUGGAGUACAGCUGCUCCUAUUGAAUUAGUUUAAAUAGCUUAAUUUCUCUGUGAAAGUCACAAGAAUAUGCUUGAGUGAGCGGGACUAUGGUCCAUUAAAUACCUAAGUUUUGAACGUUUCACCCCCAUAUUUCAUUCUUUACCUCCUACAAGGUGCACGUCAUUACAUUUGGUCACUCCCCCACUCCAGAUUAUUUUCACUGCAUUGAGGAAGGUACACCACAAUGCCUUACCACUGUAAUUUAAAUGGUUAAGAUGUGUAGACUAACACUUGAGCACUUUAUCUGCUUUAACCACACAAUUGUUUGCGCAAAAAAUGGAAUAAAGCAGACCUAAUCACAUGAGCGAAUUCAGUUGCGUAAUUGGGAACUUAAAUGUAUUUAUGUAUUAAUGUUGUUAUUGGAGGGAGUGGCUGGGGAGCGCAGUGUUCUGACUUAAUUUGGAGAAAUACUGCCUUUUUGUUCUGUGCUAUGUGGGAUUCCACAUUCUCAAGUUGUCCUGUCAUUUGAAAACCAAGCUGUUGCCUUACCAAAUACUAGAUGUCAGGCCAUGUAGUUUGUAGACUAUUUUAAAAAGAGUUUUGCACAAGAGCUAACCCAGUAUGGAGACUUAACAUGACUUUAAUUUACACUUUACCGUUUCAUGUUGUCUGGGAGCCUCUGAACUCAUGUAACAUUGAAAUGCACAAUAUAGUCUUAGUUGCAAAGAAUAGUGCUACGAUAAAUGUGUUUUGGUAGCAACCUAGUCUUCAGCAUCAUUUAUUGUGUCCAAAUGUUUUUUUUUUUAUGGAAAAAUAUUGAGCAUUUAAAAAGGUACCAUGCUUUUGUGGAAUGUCUUUUGUUGAAUAUGAAUGACUAAACGAACGAAUGUAUUUAUAUGAACAUGGGAGCAAUAAAAUAUUUUUUUAAA